CUGCAAACUAAAACAUCGUAGGCUAAAACAACUUUUUGCUCGUAAAACUUUCCCUUUUCUGAUAUGCCAUUUCAACUUUUUCCCUUUAUAAAACCUCUUCAGUCAAACACACAAACCAUUGUACCUCCCUUUCUCUUUCUCUAUAACUCUUCUUUAUCCAUUGUUUGUUCUAAAAAUGUCUGAGAUGAUUAAUGUUUCAACCAUAAAGCUUUUUGGGAGAACCAUAUUCCUAACACACAACACUGAUGUCUUUACCAAUGAUUCUUCCCAACAGAAUUCCACAAAACUAGAUGAUCAAAUUGAUAUGUCACAAGACAAAUCUCCAAAUAAACCAGACAUAACUGUUCCAUGUCCAAGAUGCAAGAGCAUGGACACAAAAUUCCGCUACUACAACAACUUCAAAGCCAAACAGCCCAGGCACUUCUGCAGAAACUGCCAGAGAUACUGGACUUCCGGAGGAACCGCCAGAAAGAUGCUUGUAGGAGCAGGUCGCCGGAAGAACAAAUUCACUAAUUUUCCUUUAGAUGUCUUACAUUAUUCUCAAAUGAGUAAUGUCUUGACCUUUGGAUCAAAUUCUUCUGAUAUCUCUUCAACUUCACCUGACAAAAACUUGAACGUUGGAUCAUAUGAUGAAACAUUUGAUAACAGUUAUCAAAGUUUUCCUCCACAGUUUUCAUGGAAGCCUGCAAUGUGUUAUCCUAAUAAAUCAUACUAUGGUGGUUUCUCCCAACCAUUACUGAAUGUACAAUCUGUGCCAACACAAUCUUGUGGCCCAAGUAAACCUACAUUAGGGAAACAUUCAAGAGAUGGAGACAUGAUCAUCUAUUCUAACUCAGAGAAAGAGAAACUUCGCUUAAACAGAAACAACAAAGAAAGUAAUGAUACUAAUAAAGAAUUGGUUCCUCAGUUCCUGAGAUUUAUUGACCCUAAUGAUGUUGCAAUGAGUUCUAUAUGUUCAACAAUAGGAAUCGAAAAUGGGAGAGAAAUUUUCAAGGGAUUUGGAUCUUACUAUGAUGACAAGAAUCGUGUGGUUGAAGCAUCUUCAUCAGUACUGAAAAUUAACCCUGCAGCUUUACCAAGGUCUAUUGUGUUCCAUGUGAUGAUCUGAUUGGGUACACGUAGCAUCAACACCUCAUACUGUAGG